AUCUUAAAAGCGAUCUAGGUAGAUACUCGAAAUGAAAAACAGAAAAUUAGAAAACACGAAUCAGAAAAACGCGUAAUUCAUCUCUGAAGCAAAGCUGUUAGGUAACCUAUUUCGACCAGCCGAAUAUGUAACACUUCUGGCACCUUUUCAUCAUAGAAGUGUAUUUCGGUUUCGAUAUGGUUGGUUUAUCUGGAACUGAAUUUUCAACGUGGAACUUUGCACUAAAGUAGCCAAAUUCCAUAAGUGCAGACAAAGGUAGAAAAGAAAAAUGCAGAGGAAAUCUGUGCCUGGAGUAUCCUUAUAUUUCUAGAGGUUUUCCUUUGUAUCCUGAUUUGAGACUUCUCAACAGUUUUAACUGUGAAAAGGUAGUUACGUUGUACUGAGUCUUAAAAUUGCUGGAAGCACCUAUCAGUAUUUUUAACCAAGUGAGAUCAGCUUGUUCUUAGUGCGAUCAUAUCGUAUAUCUAAGUAAGGCUAUUUUUACCGAUUUCAGCUUAUACUUAACAAUAUUGGGGUAUUUUUAAGGGGAAUAAAGCAUUUUUGGCCAUUUAUCCGGUAAUCCGAUUAUGCGGAUUAGUUUGCUAACACUCGAUAUCCAAUGAUAAGUAUUGUAUUUUUGAUGGUUCUUAUCGUUUAAAUUCAUUUUAGCAAUGCUAUUUUCUAGGUCAGACUGCAGACAAUGCCUCAUGUCCAGGCAGGAUCAACACCUUUAUAUUAUGGAACUGUUGAUUGUAUUAAGAAAACUGUAGCUGCAGAUGGCAUCUUGGGUCUGUACAAGGGUAUGGCGGUACCUGUAGCUGGAGUCGCACCUGUAUUCGCCACCUGCUUCUUCGGGUACAAUUUAGGCAAAAAGAUUUUCGCCGAAGAUCCUAUGAACUUAAGGAAACAUGAACUUCUGUUGGCGGGGAUGUUCUCCGGUAUUUUUACUACUGCAAUUUUGGCUCCAGGAGAACGCAUUAAAUGUCUUUUGCAGGUUCAGUCUAAUUCGUGUGGACCUGUGAAGUAUAAGGGACCGGGUGAUGUUUUUCGUCAGUUGUAUCGCGAAGGUGGACUUCGGAGUAUUUUCAAGGGGACAGCUGCAACUCUUUUACGAGAUGUUCCUGCGUCUGGAGUGUAUUUUCUCACUUACGAAUGGAUAAAGGAACUACUACGAAAUCCAUACGCCAAUAAUGAAUUGGGUGUUGGAAAAACGCUGUUCGCCGGUGGAAUGGCAGGUGUCUUCAACUGGGUGGUAGCUAUUCCUCCAGAUGUUUUAAAAUCUCGUUUACAGAGUGCCCCUGAAGGUACCUAUCCAAAUGGCAUUAGAUCAGUAUUCUCUGAACUUAUUGCAAGAGAAGGAUUUUUCGCUCUCUACCGAGGAGUCACUCCUGUUAUGCUUCGUGCAUUUCCUGCAAAUGCGGCAUGUUUCCUUGGUUACGAAGUUGCUCUAAAGUUUUUGGACUAUGCGUUUCCAAAUCUGUAAAAUACUCACUCACUACUACUGCUCAGAUUAUUACUUCCAAACAAAAAUGGUUGUCAUCGAACCGUUAGUUUCUAGCUAUCAUCAAUCGAUUGGCUUUCCAUUGAGUUUGCCUAUCAUACUUUGUAUAAUCUUUUCUUCCUGAAAAUCUUGAAAUACAUCAUGAUGGUUGUGAUAGUGAUUCAUUAUAAUAAUCGAUUCAGUUUUGUAAUGUUAUUGACAUUGUUUUAGAAUACACUUUAUGAUCAGGCAUACCUUCAGAGUAUGGCUGUAGUGUAUGGAAG